CAUAUUUUGAUGGAACUUAACGUGUAGAAGUUUUUAGUUGAUUCAUCUACUUUGGUAUACUAUCCCAGAGCCCUACAUCCCGGAACAAUGAACCUGUAGACGAACGGAGCUGUAAAUAAACACCAGAAACGUAAAUCAACAUUAAGGAAUGACAAAGCUAUGCUUGACGGUGUUUACGUGCGGUUACUGCUUCUACAGAGUUCACAGGCUACAGCAGAAUGGACAGAUUGCUAUCUUGUUACGGCCGACGAAGGUGCUCUUCUCACAUAAGAAAGAGGGCAGGACAGACGAAGAACUAAGGACGGUCGUGGCCUACCAGAAUCCUUUUACGGGAGACUACUGCAUCCACAAGAGCCGCGUGGGACCCAAAGGGUACAUGAAUGAGGUCCACGUCCCCGAUUCUCCUGAUAGUGGAGUAUCAGAUGAGUACGAGCCUCUGAACUUGGACCCAAUAGGGCCUCAGCAACCAGCGCCGAAGAUCGUCACUGAGAUCCCAAGUGCGAUUCCUCAGGGAUUGUCGAGUUCUAUGCCUCAUCUUCAAGACACAGCAUUGAAGGUGGCAGUGACACCGCAAUACAGUGACAACAGCGUCAACAAAUCUUGGAAUUGGAACUACACUGAGUAUCAGAUAUAAAUCUUUGUGAAAGAGAUAAUAAUCCAAAGGUCUUUUCUAAGAAUAAUUCAUAUAAAAUAACGUAAACUGCAUUUAACAAAAGUACAGUUACAUCAAUGUGUUAAAUUUGGCCUGGCUCUUGAACUUGUGGACGGCAAACAAAGUACCUCUAACUACGAUCUUGAUUGAAGAUAUGUAUUUUUGAUCCAGUGUCUGUCUUAAUUACAUUGGAUAGCAAGUACAGUGUAAUUCAAAUACAGUUAAAGAACAAUUCAAUGUUAGCUUUUGACCUUCAACCGGCAAGCUGUCAUUAAUAUUAUCAAGAAAAAAAAAUCAUAUAAAAAUACAUACCAUAACAUCGCUAAAAUUUUAAGAAAUUGUCAAUGCUCAAAUUUUAAAUUACAGCUACUUAUUUACAUAUAAAUAAAAUUUAUUAAUCUACACGAUAAAAAGAACUCCGUAAGGCUUCUGUCUAGUAAGUUACGCGUAAAUAAAAUAUUUUAUGGAAAAAUCUCACAACGGUGCAAAAUGGGAAUCUCUCCAUUAUUUCUUGGAAAACCAAUUAUCUAUUUAUUAGUAAAUAUUUUUAUAUUUAUGUCUUACGCCUAGAUUAUUUAUUCUAAUGGCAGCUUGUAUUGGGCAUUUCUUAUGUUUUUGGGGGAAAGGCUGUAAUGUCUAGUAACCACUAUCAUAUAGUGGGAGAGGCGUCUACAUUGGGUCACCGGUCACACAACCCAAUGUUCAAUCUGGAGACGUGGAAUAUAUAUAGAGUGGCUUUUGGUGGAUUCAUUAACUCUUUUCAUAGGGUUUCGUCAAAGUAGCCCCACUCAACUUGAUGGUAAGUGGAAUAGAGCCCAAAUAGUGUCUGCAAGUAGUGAUUACUCCUCUCCAAUGGACACAAUUAUGCCGCCCUAUUCGAAAAAAAGUAUACCUGCUCACCAAGACCCUGCAGUAGCUAUCUUCAGCGUAUGAGAAACGGUUCUAGAUUCUUCUAGCAAUAUAUGCUUAGACAGUAGACCCAAGUUUACCUAUAUGGUGUUUCCUUGAUGCCGUCCAGUUGAUUUUACACAUUUAUCAUAUUCGAAACAAAUACUUAUUGAUGAUAUUCGUCUUGCGAUGGAAAUCGAAUCUGUAGCUUGCUCGUCUUACCAGUCUCCGCACUACGAAAGGAGAAAUAUGAUAAUGAAAUAAACAUUCCACGUAUUAGAACCGAAGCCUUACAAAGUUAGAGAAAAAUCGUCCAAUUUAAACUUAUUGAAUGUGAAAAAAGUUUUAUCUCGUGACAAAACGAACGUUGAGCUUGUAAAUUCUAUAUUGUUGUUCAAUAGAAAUGUUUAUUGCUAGAUUUAUCUAAAAUAAAGUAUUUAUUAAAUAUUA